UUUCCCCCCUCCCUGGCUUUCCCUCCCUCUCUCACCCUUCCCCCAACCCCAGCCCUCCCCCUCCCGCGCCGGAGACUCGCCGCCGCCGCAGCAGGAGGAGUAGCCGCCGCCGGAGCAGCGCAGAGCCAUGGCCGAAAACGCCGGCUUGGAGAACCACCGCAUCAAGAGCUUCAAGAAUAAGGGCCGCGAUGUGGAAACUAUGAGAAGACACCGAAAUGAAGUAACAAUUGAACUCCGUAAGAACAAAAGAGAUGAACAUUUAUUGAAAAAAAGAAAUGUUCCUCAAGAAGAAAGCUUAGAAGAUUCUGAUGUUGAUGCUGAUUUUAAAGCACAAAAUGUAACACUAGAAGCUAUAUUGCAGAAUGCCACAAGUGAUAACCCAGUGGUCCAGUUGAGUGCUGUCCAGGCUGCAAGAAAACUAUUAUCCAGUGACAGAAAUCCACCGAUUGAUGACUUAAUAAAAUCUGGGAUUUUACCAAUUCUAGUCAAAUGUCUAGAAAGGGAUGAUAAUCCUUCGUUACAAUUUGAAGCUGCAUGGGCACUAACUAACAUAGCAUCAGGAACUUCUGCACAGACUCAAGCAGUGGUACAAUCUAAUGCAGUACCUCUUUUUUUGAGACUCCUCCACUCACCACAUCAGAAUGUUUGUGAGCAAGCAGUAUGGGCCUUAGGAAAUAUUAUAGGUGAUGGUCCUCAAUGUAGAGAUUAUGUCAUAUCACUGGGAGUUGUCAAACCUCUUCUGUCCUUCAUCAAUCCCUCCAUUCCCAUCACCUUCCUUCGGAACGUCACAUGGGUCAUAGUCAAUCUCUGCAGGAAUAAGGAUCCCCCACCACCUAUGGAGACAGUACAGGAGAUUCUGCCAGCAUUAUGUGUCCUCAUAUACCAUACAGAUAUAAAUAUUCUUGUGGACACUGUUUGGGCUUUGUCUUACCUAACUGAUGGAGGUAACGAACAGAUUCAAAUGGUGAUUGAUUCAGGAGUUGUACCAUUUCUUGUGCCUCUGCUGAGCCAUCAGGAAGUUAAAGUUCAAACAGCAGCUCUGAGGGCAGUGGGCAACAUAGUGACAGGCACUGAUGAGCAGACACAAGUUGUUCUCAACUGUGACGUUCUUUCACACUUCCCAAAUCUCUUGUCUCACCCAAAAGAGAAGAUAAAUAAGGAAGCAGUUUGGUUCCUUUCCAAUAUAACAGCAGGAAACCAGCAACAAGUACAAGCUGUAAUAGAUGCUGGAUUAAUCCCUAUGAUCAUACACCAGCUGGCUAAGGGUGACUUUGGAACCCAAAAAGAAGCUGCUUGGGCAAUCAGCAACUUGACGAUAAGUGGGCGAAAAGAUCAGGUUGAAUAUCUUGUACAACAGAAUGUAAUACCACCAUUCUGUAACUUACUGUCAGUAAAAGACUCUCAGGUGGUUCAGGUGGUUCUAGAUGGUCUGAAAAACAUUCUGAUAAUGGCUGGUGAUGAAGCUAGCACAGUAGCUGAAAUAAUAGAAGAAUGUGGAGGUUUGGAGAAAAUUGAAGCAUUACAACAACAUGAAAAUGAGGAUAUUUAUAAAUUAGCAUUUGAGAUCAUAGAUCAGUAUUUCUCUGGUGAUGAUAUUGAUGAAGAUCCUAGCCUCAUUCCUGAAGCAACACAAGGAGGUACUUACAAUUUCGACCCAACGGCCAACCUUCAGACAAAAGAAUUUAAUUUUUAAAUUCCCUAGAGGGCAGCUUCUCUCCCCAAUCAACCUGAAGCACCACCAGAUGGCUACCAAAUGACAAAAACAAACAACAUCAAAAGGCUCCCAAACACACACGCCUCCUUCGUUUUGAUGCUUUUAAAGCAAGCCGUGUAUCGGUCACUUUGCAGUUGCCAAAAGUCACUCUCACAUGGACUAUAAAUGCAUAUGCAUGAUUUCCUAAACUGUUUUAGAGUUUUCAACAGCCCCAAGUCUCCUAUUUUCUCCUUCUUUUUCCUGGUGCCACGUGCUGACAGCGCAGCCUGCAGAUUUGUUAGAGAGAUUUCAUAGCAGUGGCACGUCGGCUUUUCACAGAGCAUUUCUUUGGAAAAUGGUGCACUGUGGAUCAAGACACUUGGGUAUGAUGCGUGCAUACAUUCUGGAAGACUUUACAGGGGCACAGUCCAACCUGGGCCUCCAUCACUGUCCUCCACAAACAUAUUUUCAUAUACUUUAUGUGGAA